AUGGCAAAACCUGUUGCAGCCAGUUUCUUGACGCAGGCCAAUGCCUUGUUCAAGAAAAACUUAACUUAUCAGAAACGAAACAUAUGGAGCAACGUCCGGCUGAUCGUGAUCCCCUUGUACCUCUGUGUGAUUCUAGUGUGCAUUCAAGCACUGUUCGAUGCACUGGUUAAUAACUCUGCUGAUAAUCAAUGUGGUUGUCGAUGCAUAGACGACAAAAAUGGAGAUGGCAAAUGCGAAAUAAGGAGUUGCGGUUUACAAUUUUCAUCUCAAAACCAAGCAGUCUUUUGUGCCUUCCCUAACCCUCCACCAUUGCUCCCGUUGUUACAUAUUCCUCAUCCUGAGACUCGUUCUGUUGAUCCUGCCCGUCGUGACUCGUGCAAACGAACAGGAUCUUGUCCUGUGACCAUACUUGUUACUGGGAAUAACCAUUCCCUAGGAGCAACUUUAUCUGAGAAUCUGCUCAGUACUUCUUUCACGGUCAACUCCUCUGACCUUUUCUUGCGUAAUCUUGCCUAUACUGUUUUGGGCACAACAUCAGCGACAGACUACACCAAUUAUCGUGAUCCAGGAAUUUACUCAGAUCUUCCCAUCUUCAGCAUCCAACCUCAAUGCAUCCCAGCCACUACAUUGCCAUCCUUCUCAUUCCAACAACCACCUCUCGAGUUUCAGAAAGAGGUGAGAUGCGUUCAAGGAUUGAGUCUCUGGAGAAAUAACUCCAUAGAGGUCAACGAUGAGAUCUUCAAGCGCUAUCUUCAAGGAAAUCAUGAAGAGAUCGUCAAUGAGGUCGCUUCAGCAUAUGAUCUCUUGGACACCGAUAGGAGCAACUUCAAUGUGACCAUUUGGUAUUACACUACAUACAAGGGAGAUUUGCAAGAUUGGCGUGUAAAGUAUGUCCGAGUUCCUCGCUCAGUCAAUUUGGUUUCAAAUGCUUAUCUUGAGUUUUUGAAAGGCUCAGGGACAAAGAUGUUAUUCGAUUUUGUGAAAGAAAUGCCAAAACAAGAAACUAGGCUUCGCAUGGACAUGGCGUCUCUCGUUGGCCCCAUUUUCUUCUCAUGGGUUAUUCUUCUUCUGUUCCCUGUGAUCUUGAACUCAUUGGUGUAUGAGAAGCAGCAACGUCUCAGAAUCAUAAUGAAAAUGCACGGGCUAGGAGAUGCUUCAUAUUGGAUGAUUUCCUACGCUUAUUUUCUCGCAAUAUCGACGUUAUACAUUGUAUGCUUGAUGAUAUUUGGGUCAGCAAUAGGACUUAAAUUCUUCCGGUUCAAUGACUACAGUAUCCAAUUCAUUUUCUAUUUUCUUUAUAUAAAUCUGCAAAUCUCCAUUGCCUUUCUAGUUUCCUCAGCAUUUUCAAAGGCUGUGACAGCAUCAGUUGCUGCAUACAUAUAUGUGUUCGGAUCUGGGCUAUUAGGCGCGUUCCUCUUCCAGUUUCUGGUGGAAGGUUUACCGUUUCCUAGACGCUGGCUUUUUGUCUUGGAGUUGUAUCCGGGCUUCUCUUUAUACCGUGGGUUGUAUGAAUUCUCACAGUACGCUUUCCAGAGAAACUUGAAUGGAAGGGAUGGGAUGAAGUGGAAACAUUUCAGAGGUAGUGCAAUGGAUGAAGUUUUCUCCAUCAUUAUCAUUGAGUGGUUUCUCGCUCUCAUUGUAACAUACUAUAUGAACCGAGUUUCUUCAACCGCGAAAGAUCCUAUUGUAUUCUUGGAGAACGCCUUCAAGAAAUCUCUUUCUCCACAAAAGCUUAGCUUACAAAAACAAGGGUCUUCUGUAUCCGUGGAGAACCUAGAUGUCCUUCAGGAGAGAGAAAAAGUCGAGCAGUUGAUGCUUGAGCCGAAUACAAGCCAUGCUAUUGUAUGUGACAACCUGAAGAAGGUGUAUCAUGGUAGGGAUGGGAACCCACCUAAAUUGGCAAUUAGUGGAUUAUCUCUCGCUCUGACUUCAGGUGAAUGCUUCGGCAUGUUAGGUCCGAAUGGUGCCGGAAAGACCUCGUUCAUUAAUAUGAUGACUGGACUUGUGAAACCAACUUCAGGGUCAGCUUUUGUCCGAGGUUUGGACAUAUGCAAGGAUAUGGACAAAGUUUACACCAGCAUGGGUGUUUGCCCACAACAUGACUUGCUCUGGGAAACAUUGACAGGGAGAGAACAUCUUUUCUUUUACGGAAGACUUAAGAAUCUCAAAGGCCCUGAUCUCAACCAAGCUGUAGAAGAGUCUCUUAAGAGUGUGAACCUAUUUCACGGAGGAGUUGCUGAUACACCUGCUGGGAAAUACAGUGGAGGAAUGAAAAGGCGGCUAAGUGUAGCCAUUUCACUUAUGGGAAGUCCUAAGGUGGUUUAUAUGGAUGAGCCAAGCACAGGACUUGAUCCAGCUUCAAGAAGGAGUCUAUGGAAAGCCAUCAAAUCCGCAAAACAACACACUGCGAUAAUCCUCACUACACAUUCAAUGGAAGAAGCAGAGUUUCUUUGUGACCGAUUAGGGAUUUUUGUUGAUGGAAGUUUACAAUGCAUAGGGAACCCAAAAGAGCUGAAGGGCAGGUAUGGUGGAUCAUGUGUGUUAACAAUGACAACAUCAGCAGAACAUGAGAAAGAUGUGGAGUUGUUGGUUCAAGAUGUUUCCCCAAAUGCAAAGAAGAUAUAUCAGAUCGCAGGAACUCAGAAGUUUGAGCUCCCAAAGGAGGAGGUUCGGAUCUCGGAAGUGUUUCAGGCGGUGGAGAAGGCUAAGGGCAAUUUCAAGGUGUUUGCUUGGGGAAUUGCGGACACAACUCUUGAAGAUGUUUUCAUCAAGGUUGCUAAAACUGGUCAGGCGUUUUAAUGUCUUCUCUUGAAUCUUCUUAAGAAUAUCAUUUUUACAUAUUCAACGUCGAUAUUUGAUUGUUCAUAUUUGAUAAAAUUGGCCAUGCAUAGGUUUGAUUUAUGUACAUUGUUGGCAAAUGAAAAUAGGCUGCAAGUUUGUGAAUUUCCCUGAGGUUUUUUAUAACUUGUUUAUUUGAGG